UUAUGUCAAUUUCUUUUUCACGCACGCCAGCUUUGGUGCACGUGUGUUUUCUAAGUUUAGCUCAACAAAACGUUGAAAUGGAUAAACCUAACGUUCUUGCUCGUGUGGUGAAGGUCCUAGGGCGCACUGGGUCACAGGGGCAGUGUACGCAGGUGAAAGUUGAGUUCAUUGGAGAGACUACUCGUCAGAUUAUCAGGAACGUGAAAGGACCCGUACGCGAUGGCGACAUUCUUACGCUCCUUGAAUCUGAACGUGAAGCUAGGAGAUUGAGAUAAGGUGUUUCCAGCUACAUUUGAUUAGGUUAAGGCCCAAUAUGUAUGUUCUAUCCAAAUUCACGUGUUAACAUCAAGAAACCGUCAAAGAUGACAAUCUCUAUGUAAACAGCUCGUAAUAAAUUAUAUGUAAACUGUAA